AUGGCUCAAGACAAUCCCAACCGGCGCGUAUCCACUAAUCAAGCCGCACCCGCUCCUAUAACCAGGAGGAGCAAGCUGUACACUGGAGCCUUGCACACUCAGCCCAUCCAAAACCCACGAGAUAUACCAGGAAGGAACGAGGGUCCUCUUCCACGGUCCACUGCAUCCAACCAAGACCUUAAUCACACCCAGCCUCCGCGUAAAGGCGUCCGCGGCGAUAUACCCCAGUCGCCCAACCACCGCAAUCACCGACGAUUUCAACGUGUAGACAACAGCAACCCUCCCCGACGAGCCCACAGGAACUUCCCACGCCGACCUCGCCAUGUCCGACACUGGAAGAACACCGCACCGUGGCGCCUCAAGAAGGUUUCCAACGUGACCUAUGUAUGCUGUCACUGCGGUAACGGCGAGGACGUCUCCGACACUUUCCGCGAUACGUCCGUCAAGGUUAGACGACACAAGUACGAGAUGUAUGAGGGUAUCCGCGAGAUGUUCGAAGGUUACGCGAAUGUCCCGGAGACCACCGUCGUGAUCCACGGAAUCGUUUGUGACCUACCCGCCGGGUUCUACCAGCCUGCUCCCAGGAUGAUCUACAACGGGAUUAGGCGAACGGAGUACAACCCAGAACGAGAAUGUGCGGCAUGUCCUGUGAUUCGCGAAGAGGAGUGGGAGAAGGUGCUUGCGCCAGGGAAGAAGGGUGGGAAGAGGAGCCAUGAUCGGGGGCCUAGGUCCAAGUAUGUUAUGCCUGCAGCUACUGAGUGA